CAGCCAGAAUUAAGCUUUCUUGUCGUCAUGCAAUUCAUCUGUGUUUUUCUGGCAGUUAGUCAGGCAUGUUAUGUUAGUAGAGUCAGGCAUGUUAUGUCGCAACAACCACCUAAUCUAACCACGUGACUCACACCGCGCAUGCGCACUUAAUGCGUGCAGACCACACUACGGAGGAGCCAGCGGAAAGGGAGAUGAUCACCUUCCACUUUCAGCCAGCCACCCGCCACCUCUUGAUGGUGACCAAGACUGACAGACAUACCGUAAACUGCUACAUCGCUACCCUGACCGACACCGAGCAUGCAUUUAUCCACACCGACUACGGCAUGAGAUCCGAGUUGAGAUUACUCGCGGCUCUUAGAAGCGCGACUGCCGUCGUCGACGUCAACACGCUUGACCACAUGACGUCACUCAUUGUGGCCCAAACAACGUACAAGCAACUUUCAACACCAUAAGCGUCUAAGUAACAAGAACCCUAAUCUUAACACGUAUAAUUACUCAAAAUAUUUAUAUGUUCAGAAACUACGUAUAUAUAUUCGUUAGUUUGCUUUAGUAAUAAAGAAGCGACCGUUCGGACUUAAAUCAACUAUUAUGCUUGCUAAAUUGUAUUUCUUAUUUAUCGUGGCUCGGUUCAAUAAACUACUUGAA